AUGAGCUAUUAUUGUACCAGCACAGAGGCUGUGUGUAACAGCCAGGACGCACCUAACGCCAGUGCGAGGAAAGCAGCUACUAAUAAUACGAACCGUGGCAGCGAAGGUCUCGAGAGCAGCAGCAGCACUAGUUCACGGCAGUCGCAACCCCAACCGCUCGUGGCCAUGAAAGUGAAGAAAGGCUGCAACUCGACAGAUGCUGGGGUCCCGGUUACAAGUGAAGACGAGUUGCUAAGAAACCCCGUAAUAUCGCCUGAGGAUGUACUUGGGCUACAGAAGAUCACCGAAAACUACCUAUGUUCCCCAGAGGAGAACGUUCACAUGAUCGACUUCACACGGUUCAAGAUCCGAGACAUGGAGACUGGGACGGUGCUGUUUGAGAUCACCAAACCCCCUGUACCAGAGAGACUGUCGGGCGAAAAGAAGGAUUUUGACCCCAACGGAGGCCGCUUCGUCCGUUACCAGUUCACCCCUGCCUUCCUGCAGCUGCGCCAGGUCGGCGCCACUGUGGAGUUCACAGUGGGAGACAUGCCCAUCAACAACUUCAGGAUGAUUGAGAGGCACUACUUCAGAGAGCAGCUCCUCAAGAGCUUUGAUUUUGAGUUUGGUUUCUGUAUGCCCAGCAGCAAGAACACCUGCGAACACAUCUACGAGUUCCCCCCUCUAUCAGAGGACAUCAUGCGUGAGAUGAUCCUACACCCAUACAAAACGCAGUCCGACAGCUUCUACUUUGUGGACAACAAGCUGGUGAUGCACAACAAGGCAGACUACUCCUACAGUGGGAGUCCGUAGGAGCACAGGACUUCCCUAGACACCUAGACCCACUCCAACUCCAACUCUAACCCACCCCUCCAUAGGACCAUGGACAGA